AUGAGUCUUAAAAUGUUGAAUAUCGACGGAGAACGUAUCUCUGGUCAAGAUGUUAGAACUCAAAAUGUUACUGCAGUUACAGCUAUUGCCAAUAUUGUAAAGACAUCAUUUGGACCGAUUGGAUUGGAUAAGAUGUUGGUUGAUAACAUUGGAGAUAUCACUAUUACCAAUGAUGGUGCAACCAUUUUGAAGUUGUUGGAAGUCGAACAUCCAGCAGCAAAGGUUUUGGUACAGUUGGCUGAUUUACAGGAUCAAGAGGUCGGUGAUGGAACUACUUCGGUAGUUAUCUUGGCAGCGGAGCUUUUGAAGCGUGCCAACGAGUUGGUGCUCAAGAAGAUACAUCCAACCAUUAUCAUCUCUGGCUAUCGUAUCGCGUGUCAAGAUGCCAUCAAAUAUAUCAAUGAGACACUGGCCGUCAGCGUCGACUCCCUCCCAAAGGACUUUAUCAUCAAUACAGUAAAGACAUCGAUGUCAUCAAAGAUCAUCGGUGACGACAGUGAUUUCUUCUCAAAGAUCGUCGUCGAUGCACUCGCACGUAUCAAGACCAUCGACUACAAGGGCGACGUCAAGUAUCCAAUCAACUCGAUCAACGUCUUGAAAGCACACGGAAAGAGUGCCAAGGAAUCAUCGCUCGUCGAAGGUUACGCACUCAAUUGCACUGUCGCCAGUGAGGGUAUGCCAAAGCGUGUCGUCGGCGCCAAGAUCGCCUUCCUCGACUUCAAUCUCCAGAAGGCAAAGAUGAAGCUCGGUCAAAAGGUCAUUGUCACCAACGUCAACGACUUGGAAGCAAUCCGUGAUCUCGAGAACAACAUCAUCAGAGACCGUAUUCAAUUGAUUCUAAAGAGUGGAGCCAACGUCGUUCUCACCACCAAGGGUAUCGACGACCUGUGUCUGAAAUACUUUGUCGAAGCCGGUGUCAUGGCUGUCAGACGUUGUCGUAAAGAGGAUUUGAAGCGUAUUGCCAAGGCAUGCGGUGGUACCGUGCUCAUCACCAUGAACAAUCUCGAGGGUGACGAGAGCUUCGACACCAGCUCGCUCGGUGCCGCCGACGAGGUCGUACAGGAGCGUAUUGCCGACGACGAAUUGCUCUUGGUGAAGAACUCCAGCGGAAAGAAGGCUGCUUCCAUCAUUUUGAGAGGUGCCAACAGCAUGAUGUUAGACGAGAUGGAGCGUUCCAUCCACGAUUCGCUCUGCAUUGCAAAGAGAACUUUAGAGUCUGGAACCGUCGUGCCAGGUGGUGGUUGUGUCGAGUCUGCACUCUCCAUCUAUCUCGAUAACUUUGCCGAAACCAUGGGAUCAAGAAAGCAAUUGGUCAUUUCCGAAUUUGCCGAGUCUCUCUUGGUCAUUCCAAAGCAACUCUCUGUCAACGCCGCACAAGAUGCCACUGAUUUGGUUGCCAAAUUAAGAUCAUAUCACCAUGUCGCUCAAACUGAUGCUACAAAGAAAAACUAUGCCUAUUCCGGAUUGGAUUUGAUAAAUGGAAAAGUUAGAAAUAAUUUAGAGGCUGGUGUAUUGGAACCAGCAAUUGCCAAAGUUAAAUGUAUUAAAUUUGCCACUGAAGCUGCCAUUACUAUUUUGAGAAUCGACGAUAUGAUUAAGCUUAAUCCAAAAGAAGCCGCUCAAGAUCCACAUGGUCAUGGUGAUUAUUAA